AUUGAUUAGUUUGUAAAAUAUGGAUCCAAAAGGAUAAAUCUAAGAGUGUCAUGAACUUAAAUCAGUCGAUUGUUCUUAUGUGGAUGAUUAGGAAAUGUGUUCACCAUAAGGUUCACAUAGUCAUAAUGACUCAGACUCAUCAUUCAGUUUGGCAGAUCAAGAGAGGGAAUGUAAGAAAUUGUAAACUUAAUCAUCAAAUGAAAUAGAGAUGACAAAUAGAAAAAAAGGUAUAAUUAUAUUUAAGUUUUCAAUUUAGGUAAACAUGGUCUUAAGUAUGCAAAAAUAACUAAUGAAUAGAGAGAAGGUUUAAUCUAAUAAGUCAUAUAAACUGGAUGUACUAUAAAAAGUGCAGCAUAAUAACUAGGAAUCAACUUCUCAACUGCUAAGGCAAUUAUGUAGAUUUUCAAGAAAGAAGGAAGAUCUUGUAAAAAAGUCAUUCGUAAGAACAAAAAAAGGCAGACUUAAUUGUACAAAAGACACUGCUUAGUAACCAAAGACUAAAGUAAUAUAAUAUUUUUAUCCUAAUCUAGGUAAUCGAUAAGAAAAACAAUAAGUCUAAUAAACAGAUAAAAUUGAUAAAGAAAUUAUACUACAACCUAUUUCCGUCCUGUAAGUUUAAAACAAAUAAUAACUUAUCCUCAUUUAAUAACUUACAAGUCAAGUAAAUAAUAUUUUUUAUUUUAGAAUUUGUUAUAUUAAGGUUAAGUGUCAAAUUUAUAUCAAGAGAAUGUUGUUCUAACUUAAAAUUAUCAAUGUCUUUGUUAAUAGUAUUAACAGUUAUAGAAUAUGGUACAAAAUAAUUAUAUAUAUUUAGAUGUAAUAAGUAUUAAUGAAAAAAUAAAAUUCUCUAGUAGUUCCAUUCAUUAUUUCAUGA